AUGCCGAAACGCAAGGUUGACAUCGUUGUGGCGGACGGCGUGGGCGACGAGGAGCGCGUGGGGCCGUUCGCGUGCCACUUUCCCUCGGGCCUGCCGGUGGUCGGCGGUCCCAUCCCGGACUUCGACCUCUACCGAUGCGACGCGGCCUCUGGGAUGCAGCGGCACCUUCUCGUUGGAACUCACGUGAACGUCGACUACGUCGGCGACACGCUCCCCGCGCGGCCACCCCCACCCUGCAACUACGCCAUCGGCUUGUACGAUAGGGCGGCGGGGACGCUCACACUGGCGCCCGCGGAGGGCGGCGACGUCCUGCGGUGCGAGGCCCGCGUGCACGGCGUGGACUACAGCACCGGCCUCGGCAUGGCGGCGCUCGCACCGGACGACCUCGAGGCGCGGCGGCAGCGGAACAAGGAUCUCGUGGCGGCGUUUGGGUCGCAGCGCCGCAAGCGCAACAUGGACAAGCGCGAGAAGGGGCGCAUGGACGCGACGAACCUGACGGACCCGGAGCGGUUCAAGGCCGAGAUCCUCGCCAUCCGCGAGGAGGCGGAGCGGGCGGGGGAGACCAAGGAGGAGCUGCAGGCGGCGGCGCGCGCGCAACGCAACAUCCCGCCGCACGUGCCGGCCGCGACGGACCCGAGCAAGGCGUACCCGCUCAAGGCGCUGAUUCCGCGGGGCGCGGGGCUGGACGCGCGGGCCGCGGAGCUGGAGGCCGUGGCGGAGGAUGACGACAAGUGGGGGGAGUUGAAGGCGUGCAGGUUCGUGAAACAAAGGGUCAAGGUGCUGCGGGACUACCAGGAGAAGAAGCAGCGGUCCAGGGCGGCGCAAGCUCUGGCGUUCGUCGACGUGCUGCUCGCACUGUACCGUGCGCGCGGCGGCGUGCGCGUGGAGGAGGGGGGCAUCACCAGCGCUGCCGAGAAGUUCAACGUGCCCGCAGCUGCACUCGAGGCCGUGACGGGGCUGCUGUGCUUCGAGCGCGUCCGCGACGACGGCUCGGUGUCGCUUGCUAUGGACAGCGCCCGGCGGGACCUCUGCCUGGGCUACAUCCUCGUGGCCACGCUGCACGCGCACGCGUUUGUGCUGUCAGCGCCGGUGGUCGAAAGUCUCCGGAAAGAGCUCAAGAUGGAGUGGAAGGUCCUGCGGGAGGCGAUCCGCGUCCUGGGGUGCACCAUUGAGGCGGUGAGGGCGAAAGACGGCGGCGAGGGGGGCCACAAGGUGUCGCUGUUGCAGUCAGGGGAGGUGUCCUUGGAACAGGCCUUCCCGAAACCGAAAAUCGGGCGCGCUCGACGGUGA